UACAGUGUUCGGUGUURUUAGAGAGAAAGAGAAACAGGUAAGAGAAUGGUCGGAUCCUCGCCGACACAAGAAUCGCCGGGAGAAGAACUCUUGGCAACAGCGAAAUCGACAGCGGCAUCAACACCGCCUGAAACUGCAAUCAUUGGUGAUCCGAACGCGUGCAACGAACGGGAAAGCAAACGCGAACGCAGGCCUGCGGAGGGUGAAACUUCCUCGUCGUCGACGACGCCUCCAGUCCGGGAGAAACGGAAGAAAAAGAAGAAGAAGAAACACAAAUCCAGGGCCUCGAAAGCAGCAGCAACAUUGGCAGCAAAACAGCACCAGCGGCAAGAGAACCAACAAAACCAACAGAAAACAGCCACGGCAAGAAAACGCCCCACCAAAAACACCAGCGAUGCACAUGCACAUGCACAUGCACAUGCAACCGCACCCGCACCCGCACCCGCACCCGCACCCGCACCCGCACCCGCACCCGCACCCGCACCCGCAACCGGAAGAACCCCCGUUCCACAACAAUUCCCACAGCAACAGCCGCAGCCCCGUCUUCAUUCGCUGUCGUCGUCUGACCAGCGCAUCAAUAUUUUCGUCUGCACGGCCAAUCUGGGAAAUGCACCUCCCGAUGCCGAAUCCUGGAACGCUUGGAUCCCCAAGGACGGAAAGCUCCUCACACAGACCAGGUUUCCGGUGCGAAUGCAUCCUCCCCCACUUGCUCCCCCCCCGGGCAGUGGGAACCACAGGAGUCAAGGUCAAAGUCGCGCACCGAGACCCACGAGGCGUGCCGCGGAACUCUCCAAGCGGCAAUUGAUGAGCACGAACGGCCGGGCCAACUCCAAGAGCGAGGGAAGGCUGGASACGGGAGAGCCCACGGAAAGCAGCAACACUUCGACCACUAGCGGUGAAUACGAGUCGUUUUUGGAAAGCCUCGCGCAGAAGCAUCGGCCGCAGAACAAACCCGUUCCCGGUAAUGCCAUUUCCGACACCACCACCGCCACCACCACCACCACCACCACCACCAACAACAACAACAACAACUUUGAACGGAAACCACCGGUACGAAGUGAUUCCAUCACCGACUCGAAUUACGAAGACUUUUUGAAGUCGCUCCAGCAACAGCAACAGCAACAGCAACAGGAACAGGAACAGGAACAGGAACAGCCACCAAAAACAAAACAGAGACCGGGACUCCAAAGAGAUACUCCAAAACGAAACCUACCUCGCAGAAAAUCGCUGCCUGCCAUUUACAGCAACAAAAGCGUGUCCACAGACGAUCGCGAGCACGCAAAAAGCAACGUUUCGAACGACUUCAAACACUUUCAACCAACAACAGCAGCAGCAGCAGCAGCAGCAGCAGCAGCAGCAGCAGCAGCAGCAAGCAAGAGUACAUCUGCUUCCACACCCGAUGAGGCGGACGGUACCCAACCCGUCACAUCCAAAAGCAGCGUGGUGCCAGCCGAAGUCUUUGAUGCAAGAGUCGUUCCCGAAUUGGUCGACGUACGAUAUUYAUAUUCUGAAGGUGAGGACACUAGCAACGGCGAUCUGCCAAGGGCACCACUUUCAGACAAUCUUGCGACCAGUACCGAGAAUCAAUAUCCUGGUCUCGGAGGUGCUUGUUACGACAUUAUUGUCAUUGGGAUGCAGGAGGCCACGUUUUCGAUGAAAGCAACAACCAAAGCCACAGCCUCCGAAAAGGAGAACGACGAUGACGACAAGAAUGCCUCUGAAACCAAACCAAGGAACAACAACAACAACGACAACGACCACCAGAAACAAGCGAGGCCGCAACACCGCGACAGAACCGACGAUAGCAGCGAUGACGACUUCGACUUGCUGUACGAAACAGACGACGAGAACAACAUCGAAACCGACGACGAUGCGAGUCUGGGAAAAGACAACGAAAUCGAUCCCAUCUACAAGAACGAGUCUUUCUGGAACAGGGACAACGACAACAACAACGACAACAACGACGACGACGACAACAAUGACGAAAACAACGACGACAACAACAACGACGACAACGACGACGACAACGACAAGUUGUUUCAAAACAAACACCGCGGGGAAGAACCACCAGCAGACGGAGUCACCACAGCACCAUCGAAACCGAGCCAUGGCGCCGAUAGCGUUGUUGCUGCCCCAAAAGGAGAAGCACCACCAGCUUCGAAAAAGAAAAAACAAGGCAUCCUUAAAAAACUCAUGGUCAAUCCCCUGAAACGAAUCACCGAGGCCACGUCCAAGACGGCCAAGACCGUGAACGAAUUUGCCGGGGCCGGAAAGGACCACACAGAUCGCCCCCUGAUGAGCAACAGCGACAUUGCCGAAAGCAACAGCAGCGGCAGAAACAACAACAACAACAACAACGGCAGAACUAUGGUGGCACUGGAUUUUGGUCCUUUCAUCCAAACUGCUGCAGCUGGAGAAGCUGCUGAAGGAGACGAACGAAAAACGGGACCAGCAGAAAAGGGAACGGCAGCACCUCCGGCCCAAUUAUUCGCUUCGGACGAUUCAUUGCUUUCUGAAGAAUGCAAAUCAGACUACAACGAUGAUCACGUCAACAAUGACUCCGGUAGGAAAUACAAUUUUCCUUCCGUAGUUUUGGACGAGGCAACUGAUCACAACAAUGUGAAUGUGAAUGCGAAUGCGAAUGCGAAUGCGAAUACGGACGCCAUCGAUGUUGCUCCGAAUUUGAACACUAGCACGACUGCCGGGAAAAAAUGGACUGAUACGGACGUCUUGCACCACGGAAUCGAGUCCAACCAGCUUCCAGGCUACACAAGAGCCUUAUCCUACCAGGUAUGUGUACAAAUUAUUGCGUCGAGCCAUCUACGGAACGACGAACGGAAACAGCGCAAGAAACAUUGUGCUCACCAUUCUAUYUGCUCCCCUGCAAUCGAURACGCMAMUACWCUUUWCAUUAUUGUCACGUUUGCUAUUAAUUGAUUUAUCGACGUAGUUUGGCCAGAUGCGCCUUCUGAUUUACUACAAAGAGAACAGCAGUGACCGCGAUGAUAGUAAUGAUAAUCCUACUUCACUGUUGAAAACCCUGGAUAUUCUUUCGGUGAACUACCAAGCGACAGGAAAAGCAGGACUUGCCAAUAAGGGUGGAAUCUACGCUGAGGUGGCCAUCAACCAAAACACUCGGUUGUCGUUUUUGACGGCCCACCUUGAAGCCCACGAGGGAGAAAAACACUACCRCGCCCGCAACGAUUCUUUCAAGGAUAUUCUUAUGGAAACCUCUGGAAGCAAAUACUACGACGCAUCUCAAUCGUCUCAUUUUACCUUCUUCAUGGGAGACCUGAACUACCGAACCAAUUUGCCGGACAUUCCCCUCGGAUCCGAACGGCAUGUUCGGCUAUGUCAUUCGAUGGURUCCAAGCAAGCCUGGAGGACCCUGAACAAGUACGAUGAGCUCCGCAAGUCACUCGASAAACAGACCUGUUUGGUUGGAUUCAAGACGGCGUACUGCAACUUUCCACCCACCUUCAAGGUAAGCCGGGAAGAUGGCUACCGCUACAAUCCCAAGCGAUCCCCGUCMUACACUGACCGUGUCCUGUUCAAGCCUUGUCAUAAGACUCUAGACUCGGCCAUAAACCUUGUUCURUACGAACCCAUUGAAGGGUUCGUGUCCUCGGAUCACAAACCUAUCCGGAGCGGAUUUUCUGUCAGGCUCAACCGAGAGCUCAAAUGGAAGUCGACUGCGCAGCUACUAUUGCAAGAAGRAAAUCACCACGACGACGAAAAAGGAAUACGUAAAUCGACGAYGGCCACUUCAGAUUACAACGACGGCGGUUUCUUGGAUGACAUCAUACCAACUACGACCACAGGAAGCAUUGACGAUGAUCGAGAAASCAUGCACUUUUUUGUGACCAACGUCCGCUGUUCAAUCAUCCCACACAAGUACGAUUACAUCCGACGACAAGAAAAAGCCGAAUUGCCAAGUGCCAAAGUGGUCUUUCUUCCRGAUCCRCAGGAAGCCAUUGUAGUAUUCAACGACGACGAGGACGGACUUGAGGAUAAAACCAAUCUCAUGARGUUGAUACCACCACGGUUUAACUUUGGGAAAAGAAAAGAACUAUCGGCGAAGGCCUUAAACAAUGUUUCGAGUGCCAAUAACGACUUCUCAGAAUUCUCUGAUCACACCCAAAACGGUAGCACUGGCGGAACGAACAAAAAAAUCAAGUUCCCCUCGACGUCUGUUGCAAAAGAAACAAUGCGGCCCCUAUGGAAUGACAUAGACGAUCACGUACAUUUCGCUCUACAGACACAUACAGAACACGGACGUCCUAUCGACUUCACAGGCGCCCAGUUGCACAUUUCUUUGGUUGACUCAAAGUUCGGGGGUACGGUGAUUGGGUCCCACUGCCUUAACCUGGCCGAUUUAAUCAUCGUUUCAAGAGAAAAAAGAUCGAAAACGAGUAAAGCGACAAAAAAAGGAAGAGAUCAAACGACUUCCAAAGUACCUCAAGAACACAAACCGCAAAGGUUAUCCAAGUCGGAAAACAAGAAGAAGAAGAAGAAGAACCACCGAGGAAACAUGGUUGUUCCAACGCACCCAGUUCGAAACCAUUCCAAACCAAGACGCCAUUCUUCUCCUUUACCUCUAGMGUCUACACCGCACCGUCGUGCUCCACCUCAUGCUGCCACUGCCCAACUAACGCGCAGCUCCUACGGUUGCCACAUGGUUUCACAGCCCUCCCAGGCAUUGCGAUCUGUUGCAGCAGGAUUAUCUUCACCAUCAGURUUUACAGCGUUUGGUUCGGGAAAGAAGGAAAGCGGCGGCUCAGCUGCUGGUCCCUCUGAUGAGCCGUCUGUUCGAAGAGUCGUGAAAGAAGCCGCUGAAUUUGUGCACUUUCGUGGUAGAAGCCAAGGAGAAGGUAGAUCGUCGUCGUCAUCGAACAUCUUUGAAUCAAUUGUAGAUGAUCUAAGUGGUGGUAGCGCUCAUGAAGGACCAAAAGGUUCUUCCUCUUUCGGCCCCAACGGUACCCGCAAACRACAACAACGACAACAACGACGACGGAAAUCCUGCCUCGAAGAAUUUGGUAUCAAAUCGUUUAGACUGAAUGAAACGUUGACCGAGGGUGGAUUAGUCAUUGGACACAUAAARUGUGAUAUUGACGUCUGGUGGAUAUAAUCCAAUUUWAUCAGAUGCAAUUUUCAUCGCAGAUCGAAACAGCCGCUCUCAAAAGAUCAGRUCGUCUUGGGAUCUUUCUCAUGAUUGGGAUCCAUGAUCUAUCUCKUUCCAAGCUGUGUCUCAGGUUCCCGAUCUGAAUAGCAAUUGACAGUAGAUAUUCGAAAUCUYGAUACAUUUGUUCUUCAAAAUCGUCCGUCGAGGAUAUUGUACAAUACGUAAUGCGCUCUCGAGUAUGAAUAUGGAUAAGUAAAGCACGACUGAGAGGUAAAUACAUUUUCAGCAAAACU